AAGAUUGGACACUGCGCAGUGUAGCCAAUCGUCGUCGUCUGCUGUCCUACACCCGUCUAGCACGUUCAUGUGCAUUUAUGUAAUGUGUGCCAUGGUUUGGACCCAGUAGUGUUGACAAUAGGCUGAGAAGAAACAACCCUGAAUCGACAACGAGCAACGGAAAACACGACAAUUUCAGGGUGUUGUUUGAGACGUAGAGUUCAACCGGUAACGGGAAUGUUUUAGCGUUAAUCUAAUCGUUGCGUAGACCCGUGUUUUAUUCUUAUCGGUAGUUAAAGGAUUUUCCAGUUGGAUGGAAAACUGCUUGUGGGUUUGGCUGUUUUAGGCCGAGAUUUUGCUGCUGGGGAGAGGCUGUUUGCACCGAGCUGGAGGCAGCCGCACAGUUAGCCUGACAGUUAUCCCGACACAGGACAAGUCUCCGCCACAGUCUUCACUGCAAGCUGUGGAGGAUCAAGACGAAGUAGAACGACGGAAGAGGUUCCAACCAGUCUUGCUCAGGUCGGGACUCGGGUCAGGACUCGGAACGGUGUGUGUCUUCCAGCCCGGUCACUCUGUCAGUGUGUGAGCUGUAGCUAACAUUUGCAUCAUUAGCUCUGUCCCUGUAUUUACAUCCGGGAUGAUGGGUGAUCGCCCGAGCCCGCCCAGCAGGGCUAUGUCCUCGGCACCCACCUCAUCGCCGUCGGUGGACAAAGUGGACGGAUUUUCUCGGAAGUCUGUAAGGAAGGCCAAGCAGAAGCGAUCACAGAGUUCGUCCCAGUUCCGCUCUCAAGGCAAACCCAUCGAGCUCACGCCUUUGCCACUGCUCAAAGACGUUCCAGUACCAGAGCAGCCGGAACUGUUCUUAAAGAAGCUCCAACAGUGUUGUACUGUCUUUGACUUCAUGGACACGCUGUCGGACCUCAAGAUGAAAGAGUAUAAGCGUUCAACGCUCAACGAGUUGGUGGAUUAUGUGACUAUCAGCCGUGGCUACCUGACAGAACAGGCCUAUCCAGAAGUUGUCAAAAUGGUGUCUCAUAACAUAUUCCGGACCCUUCCGCCCAGUGACAGCAAUGAGUUUGACCCUGAGGAGGAUGAGCCCACACUUGAGGCGUCUUGGCCACAUUUACAGUUGGUUUAUGAGUUCUUCAUUCGGUUCUUGGAGAGUCAGGAAUUCCAGCCCAGCAUUGCCAAAAAGUACAUAGACCAGAAGUUUGUCCUACAGCUUUUGGAGUUGUUUGACAGCGAGGACCCUCGAGAAAGAGACUAUCUGAAGACAGUCUUGCAUAGAAUCUACGGGAAAUUCCUGGGGCUGAGGGCUUUUAUACGAAAACAGAUCAAUAAUAUUUUUUUACGUUUUGUUUAUGAGACGGAGCACUUCAAUGGAGUGGCUGAGUUGCUGGAGAUCUUGGGAAGUAUAAUCAAUGGUUUUGCUUUGCCACUGAAAGCAGAACAUAAGCAGUUUCUGGUUAAAGUUUUGAUCCCCCUUCAUACUGUCAGGAGUCUGUCCCUCUUCCAUGCACAGUUGGCUUAUUGCAUUGUACAGUUCUUAGAGAAAGACCCGACAUUAACAGAACCAGUCAUCAGAGGCUUACUGAAGUUCUGGCCAAAAACAUGCAGUCAAAAAGAGGUGAUGUUUCUGGGAGAGCUGGAGGAAAUUCUGGAUGUGAUUGAGCCCACACAGUUUGUAAAGAUCCAGGAGCCACUAUUCAAACAGAUCUCCAGAUGCGUUUCCAGCCCACAUUUCCAGGUCGCAGAGCGAGCUUUGUACUACUGGAACAACGAAUAUAUCAUGAGUCUGAUUGAGGAGAACUCCAGCGUCAUCCUGCCCAUCAUGUUUGCCAGCCUGUACAGGAUCUCGAAAGAGCACUGGAACCCGGCCAUCGUAGCGCUGGUGUACAAUGUCCUAAAGGCCUUCAUGGAAAUGAACAGUACCUUAUUCGAUGAGCUCACCGCCACCUACAAGUCAGACCGUCAGCGUGAGAAGAAGAAGGAGAAGGAGCGUGAGGAGCUGUGGAAGAAGCUGGAGGACCUGGAGCUGAAGCGGGGCCUUAGGAGUGACGGGAUCAUCCCCACUUAACAGAGACAGAGCCCUGCUCCCCGUUCAUCCCACUCCCACUCCCUUCCACUUCAGCCAUGUCUGCCCAGAGCUCGUGAUACAGGCUGUGGUCUCUGGACUUCCACAGCACCGCUGGUUUCUUAAUCCUUUUAUUAUGAUUUUUGUUCUGUUUUGUUUCCUCUUGUGUUCGUGCGACUUAGUUUACUGUAGAUUCAUCACGUCUGUUUUCAUUAUUUCAGCAGCACUGUAAAUAAUUAUUUUCCCCCUAAUGUUAUUGCAAAGAGAUAAAAAAAAAAAAAGAGCAACGAUAAUAAAAAGGAAAAAACUGAAAUGACUUGUGUGUGAGGGGAAUCUAAACAAAAGAAAAAAACGGAAAGCAUCAAAAAGCCGUUAGGUUCCUGGAUUUUUCUUCACCCCACUCCUCCUUUUCAGCACAUCCCACAUGUAACUUUCAUUUUCGCUCUUCUUGUCGGUGUCCUCUCCUGUCUGCGCUGUCUGGAUCGACUAGAUUCAGCGUCGCCCUCCAAAAGUGUGGUCUGUCGCCUGUUGGCAGGUUGUCCGUCCUGCAGGAACAGACCCACUCUGUAGACGGGGCCCUUCUAAAAAGCCCUCUGAGUGUGUUUACAUGCAUGGUCAGGAACGUCACAGGAAAAGCUAAAAGAUGUCUGGGUUAUGUUUAGUUAACAUGUAGACUUUCCUUUUGUUUUAGAGGAAAAUUUCUGUAUUUGGAGAUCCUGAUGUGAGGAUGUUUAUUUUAACAGCUCCAGCACAGAAUAGAAAUGCAGCAGGUUCGUUAAUGCAGUCAGUUUGGAAUCCUCUUCAUUUCUGCAUGAAUGCACGAGUCUGCAAGCUGUUGUUGGUCGAUACAUUUAUGUACUGAAAACCGUAGAAAUUUUGGCUUUAAUGCAUUUAAUGAAGGGGGAGACUAAUUCUUUAGCAUUUGACCCUCUGAUCACCAGUCGUGAAAAUUCUUGCUGAUUGGUGCAACUGAUAAACAGCCUCUGAUUUUACUGAUCAUUGGUGAACAGCAGCAAUCAAAGACAGAAUGAUCAUUUCCUGUCGAUGCUUGAUUCACUUCCUGUUGAAGUUGGUGCUCAGCGGUCUUCAGUUAGAUUCAGGGUUAAUUGUUUUUCCUUUGCUUUAGUGCCAUCUAGUGGUGGGAACAGCAGAAAUAGAAAAAAAAUCAAAAACACUUUUAAAGUAUGAAUUCUAGUUUUUAAGAAAAGCCUCCACCAGAGAUGUGAGUGUUUAAGCCACUGUUCUGUUUUUUAUUGUUUGUAUAGUGUGUAGCGUGUUUGACCAGUUUCAGUUCAUGAUCAUUUCUCGCUCUGUGGACUGCAUGUAAACACACUCUCAUUCCCUCCGUCAGAAAUCUAUCGGUCUCUUCAUCCCUCAGUUCUUCCAGCUGUAGGAGACAUGUUGGUAGCGGUCUGGUACUGGUACCAGUCUGCCGUAACUAACACACCAAGAUAUAAACGGGAAGGAAUUGUAAAGUGCACCAAACUCCUCUUCCUCCUUUUGCCACUGGGGGCGCUGCGUUGACUUCACAGUAUUACUGCAGAUUAAAGACAACCCUGUACAUUAUUUAAUGCAGUACCCUGAUAUUCCUGUAUCUUGUAGUAAUUUAGCUUUUUUUUUUUUUUUUUUCUUUUCUUUUUUUUUUUUUUUGCUUAGGAAUUGUGGAGAGGAUUAUCCAGUAUAUAAAGAGGUAUUAUGGAACAAGACUUCCUACUAUACAUGUUAGUGUUUCCCCUUUUGGUAUGUUCAUUUUUUGUCUCACUUUCUCCCUCUGCUCUUGGUUUUUAUCUUUUCAAUAUUUUUUGUUCAUUAGAGAUAUAUGUAUAUGUAUAUCUUUUUUUUUUUUUUAGGGGGAAGGGGCGAGAGUUUGAGUGGGGCAGCUAGACAUGAGCUCAGAGCUCGGGGUGGGCUGGGAUGGGGUUAAAUGUGGUGAGGAAGCUUGGAGGAGAUUGUGUUUAACUGUUGGGACCUGAGAGUGAUCCGCCCCAACACGACCCCUUCCUCUCUUACAGAAUUGAUGUGUGGUGUAGAAUGGCCCAGAUGUAAUAUGAUUUAAAAUCUGAAAAAAAAAGAUCAAAAGGGUUGGAAGAAUACAAAUGUUUAAUUAUUUUAAAAAAAAUAAAGAGAUAUUAAAUUAAAUCUGUUUUGUGAUACAGACUGGAAUGCUGUUCUGUAGUUUUUUCUUUUCUCCAGUUUUAAAGAGUUUGAUUUUCCUGAGUUAUGAUGUGGUUCCAGAUCAUUUGCCAUUGUACAGCAGAUUUCUUUGUCCAUGGUUUUGUAUGGGGAAAGCCCAUAAAGAAAACACUGACAACAUAAAUUAAAAGAAAAAGGGGGAA